ACCAUGAGCACCACUGUCAGGCAAUACUCCUCCUCCACCUCCCUCAAGGGAUUCGGUGGCCUGGGGGGAGGCUCCAGCAGGGUCUCCUCCGUGCGGGUUGGGGGCGGAGGCUACCGAGCCCCCAGCGUCCACGGAGGCUCUGGCACCUACUCGGUCUCUUCCCGCGUUGUCUCGGGGCUGGGAAGUGGCUACGGGGGCAGCUACUGCAGCAGCAUAGGAGGGGGCUUUGGCGGGGGCUUUGGGGGUAGCUAUGGCUCUGGCUUUGGCUCUGGCUUUGGAGGUGGCUUUGGAGGGGGCUUUGGAAGUGGCGAUGGCAUCCUCCAGGCUGGAGAAAAGGAGACAAUGCAGAACCUCAACGACCGCCUGGCUGCCUACCUGGACAAAGUGCGUGCCCUGGAGGAGGCCAACACUGACCUGGAGGUCAAGAUCAGGGAAUGGUACAAGAAACAAGGACCUGGUCCAGAGCGUGACUACAGCCCCUACUACAGGACGAUCGAGGAGCUCAGGAACAAGAUUCUUUCUGCAACUGUAGAAAAUGCCAACAUCGUCUUACAGAUUGACAAUGCCAGGCUGGCAGCUGAUGACUUCAGGACCAAGUUUGAGACAGAGCAAGCUCUGCGCAUGAGCGUGGAGGCCGACAUCAACGGCCUGCGCAGAGUCCUGGAUGAGCUGACCCUGGCCAGAGCUGACCUGGAGAUGCAGAUUGAGAACCUGAAGGAGGAGCUGGCUUAUCUGAAGAAGAACCAUGAGGAGGAAAUGAACGUGCUGCGUGGGCAGGUGGGUGGAGAGAUCAGCGUGGAGAUGGACGCUGCUCCUGGGAUCGACCUCACCAAGAUCCUGGCGGAGAUGAGGGAGCAGUACGAGAGCCUGGCGGAGAAGAACCGCAGGGAUGCCGAGCAGUGGUUCUUCAGCAAGACGGAAGAGCUGAACCGGGAGGUGGCCAUCAACACCGAGCAGCUCCAGAGCGGCAAGUCAGAGAUCACGGAGCUACGACGGACCAUCCAGAGCCUGGAGAUCGAUCUGCAGUCCCAGCUCAGCACGAAAGCAGCUCUGGAGGGCAGCCUGGCAGACACAGAAGCCCGCUAUGGCACCCAGCUGGCCCAGCUGCAGGGGCUGAUCACCAGCGUGGAGGAGCAGCUGGGCGAGCUGCGCUGUGACAUGGAGCGCCAGAACCACGAGUACAGGGUCCUGCUGGACGUCAAGUGCCGCCUGGAGCAGGAGAUCGCCACGUACCGCCGGCUGCUGGAGGGCGAGGACGCACACCUCUCUUCCCAGUACUCCUCAAGCAUGUCCUCACACUCUGGCAGGGAUGUCAUGACAUCCUCCCGCCAGGUCCGCACCAUCGUUGAGGAGGUGCAGGAUGGGAAGGUGGUCUCCUCCCGGGAGCAAGUGGCCCUCACCACUCGUUAGGAAGCCAAGCAGUGCUGCAGAGCCUGACCCCAGGCCCCAGUGAGCUGAACCAGGCAUUGUGUGAGGCUUCAUGUGCUGGGGCUGUGUCACAGAAAGCUGAAUGCUCCAGCCACCUCUUCCCCCUCCCUGUUUUGCCCUAACUUCAUGCGGGUGCCAUCGUGCACUCUGUACACAUUUAAUAAAGCUUUUUUCUCAUUCAUGCAA